CUUUAAGAGCAUGUCAUCAAACAUCACUUGUCAUCAUUUGUAACACAAACUCGAAAAUCAUUAGUUCAGCGGUGAGACUUCUGAAGCAAAACAAAAAAAAUAAAAAUGGCAGACACACUCUCUGCUUUGCGUUCUUUGAUGUCUUCUCACUCUCCACCUCUUCAUGCCUUAGUUGUUCCUUCUGAAGAUUAUCACCAGAGUGAAUAUGUAUCUGCACGUGACAAGCGUCGUGCAUUUGUUUCUGGAUUCACUGGAAGUGCUGGUUUGGCACUUAUAACAAAGGAUGAAGCACUUCUUUGGACCGAUGGACGUUAUUUUCUGCAGGCUGAACAACAACUUAGUGAUCAGUGGAAGCUAAUGCGUCUAGCUGAAGAUCCUGCUGUAGAUAUCUGGAUGGCUGAUAACUUGCCAAAAGAUGCAGCAAUUGGGGUUGACCCCUGGUGCAUUUCAAUCGAUACUGCUCAAAGAUGGGAACGUGCUUUUGCCAAAAAACAGCAGAAGCUGGUCCAAACAACAAAGAAUUUGGUUGAUGAAGUAUGGACAACACGCCCACCAGCAGAAAUUAAUGCUGCCGUUGUACAACCAUUAAAGUUUGCAGGUCGCUCUGUCACAGAUAAGUUGAAAGAUUUGAGAAAAAAGCUUGCACAGGAGCAUGCUCGAGGAAUAGUUUUAACAGCACUCGACGAAGUUGCUUGGCUGUAUAAUAUUCGUGGAAAAGAUGUGGCAUACUGUCCUGUUGUUCACGCAUUUGCUAUUGUGACAUCCAAUUCUGCCUUCAUUUAUGUGGACAAGCGAAAGGUGUCUAUUGAGGUUAAAACUCAUUUAGAGGAGAAUGGAAUUGAAAUUAAAGAGUAUACAGAAGUAAGCUUAGAUGCGGCAUUUCUUGCGACUAAUGAGCUUGAUUCUGUGUCUACUGCCAAGGCUAGUCUAGCUGAAGUGACGAAGCAAUCUGAAAACAGUGAAACCAAUAAGAGUGUAAAUGGUAAACAUCAAACAGGAGAAAAGUGUAGCAACCUCAUAUGGGCUGAUCCAGCUUCAUGCUGUUAUGCACUGUAUUCCAAACUGAACCCUGAUGCAGUUGUCUUGCAGCAAUCUCCUCUGGCUCUCCCAAAAGCUUUAAAGAACCCAGUGGAAUUGGAUGGGUUAAGAAAGGCCCAUGUUCGGGAUGGUGCGGCUGUUGUGCAAUAUCUUGUUUGGCUGGAUAAUAAGAUGCAGGAUAUUUAUGGAGCAUCUGGAUACUUUUUGGAGGAGAACACCGUAAAAAAGGAGAAACCUUUGAAGUCCUUGAAAUUGACUGAGGUGACUGUAAGUGACAAGCUUGAAGAAUUUCGAGCAUCAAAAGAGCAUUUCAGAGGAUUGAGUUUCCCUACUAUUUCUUCAGUAGGCCCAAAUGCAGCUAUUAUUCAUUAUUCUCCACAAGCAGAAACAUGUGCCGAGCUUGAUCCAGACAAAAUUUAUCUUUUUGAUUCUGGAGCCCAGUAUCUGGAUGGGACAACUGAUAUUACACGAACAGUUCAUUUCGGGAGACCUUCGGAUCAUGAAAAAGCAUGUUAUACAGCAGUCCUAAAGGGUCACAUUGCUUUGGGAAAUGCUAGAUUUCCUAAUGGAACAAAUGGUCACCAACUUGAUAUUCUUUCUCGAAUUCCUUUGUGGAACUAUGGUCUUGAUUAUCGACACGGAACUGGUCACGGUAUUGGGUCCUACCUGAAUGUCCAUGAAGGACCUCAUUUAAUCAGUUUCAGAAUACGAAAUGUACCAUUGCAAGCUUCCAUGACUGUAACAGACGAACCUGGUUACUAUGAGGAUGGAGCAUUUGGGAUAAGAUUGGAGAAUGUGCUUGUUAUCAACGAGGCUGAUACAAAAUUUAAUUUUGGCGAUAAAGGUUACUUAUCGUUUGAGCAUAUUACCUGGGCACCAUAUCAAACAAAGUUGAUUGACCUGAACCUUCUAAAUCCAGAAGAGAAAAAUUGGUUGAACUCCUAUCAUUCCAAGUGUAGAGAUAUUUUGGCUCCACAUUUGGAUGAAGCUGGAAAUGCAUGGUUGAAGAAAGCCACAGAACCUGUAGCUGUGUGAGCUGUGUUUUGAGUUGAAAAUUUAAUAAAUUGCAUUGUUUCAGAAUAAUAUAUGUGCUGUCUUCUGUAUUCAUAUUCAUAUUAUUUAUAUUUAAUGUAAUAUAGAUUUUAAAUAACCUAUUGGGAUGACUAUGCCUUCAAAUUAGCAUACAGCAUGUACAUUUAAUCUGUUGCUCAUUAUUAAAGUGUUUGGCUGUUUGGAUUUGCUAAAAA